AUGAGCGAAGCAAAUAGUGACAAUUGUUCGUCUCAAUAUAGUCCAAAUAAUUAUUCAACUUCGCCACAAUAUAAAAUGUCUGAUGAAAGUAUAUAUAUUCAUGAAUAUUUUGAUAAAAAGUCUGCCGAUUGGAAUAUUAUGGGGUUUUUGGAUGAAUGCACAGAGAAGUCAUAUCAGUUGAAGAUAAAUUUAUAUCUAAAAAGCUUAGAAAAUAUUAUAAAUAAUGAGCAAGGGAGUAGGGAAAAAAAGGCACAGCUUCUUUAUAACAAAUAUAAGAAGAAUUGGGAAGCAGAACAUAAACUGAAAAAAUUAGGUAGUGAAUCAUUGAUUAAUAUUAAUAAUUUGAUAUUUUUAGAAAGUGAUCAAAAAAUUAGAACAAUCAGUAAUAGAUCUUUUAAUAUUGGUAAUUUAAAGAGAACUCUGAAAAGAAUUUUAGAAAUGGAAACUACAACUUCUCUGAUGAAAAAGACAAAGAUGACGAAUAAGAAAAAAAGUGAUGAUGGUAAUUCAUCAUUAGUGAAAGAUGAAAAUGAUAACAGUGAUAAAGAUGAUAAUGAAGAUAUUCCUGAUAAAAUUGCUAAACAUAUUCUUGAAGAAUAUACACUUUAG